AGUAUAUUUUCACCCAACCCUUCGCGGCGGUUUGUCCCUGCACAUUUAAAACCCAAAACCUCCCACUCUCUCACCAUUUCACAAUUCCCAAUCUUCCCUUUUCCUUGUUCAAAAUCUCUUCCAACUCUCAAUAUCAACUUCCAAUCUUCAAAACCCCUUUUACUCCUUUUCUCAUGUAAAAAAAACCAAAAAAACCAUCAUCAUCAUGACUCAAAAACACUUACACGAGUUACUCAAACAAGAUCAAGAACCAUUCCACCUCAAAACCUUUAUUCAAGACCGUCGUACACUCCUCAAACCCGCCCAAAAAACAUCCAUUGUUGUCAAAAAACCAAAACCCAUAAUCGAAUCAAAAUCUUUAAACACCUUUUGUAUCAACCAUGUUUGUUUCUUGUCGUCUAACGACUCACCGGGCUUCAAAACGUCGCCGUUUCUUGAUUUUCCGGCCAAAGAGUUAAAAAGCCCAUGUAACAAUGCUACAAUGUUUAUUAAUAUUCCGGCAAGAACCGCUGCCAUGCUGCUUGAUGCCGCCACCCGGGUUCAAAAACCCAAACCCGGGUUCGGAUCCGGGUCAGGAUCCGGACCACCCGGAUCCGGAUCCAAAUUUAAGAACAUCCGGUUCGGGUUACUCGGGUCUUUUCUCCAGCGGUUGAAAGACCGGAGCACCCGAACCAAACGCCGGGGAAUUGAUACCGGGACGGAGAGAAAUAAUAAAAGUUUUUGUGAUGAUGGCCGGAGUUGCGCCGGAGAGUGGUCGGAGAAGGUGUUGGGGGUGGAAACUUCGUGUAGUUCGAGAUUAGAUGAUGAGUUUGAUGAAAUUGAGUGUUUGUGUUCGGAUUCUUCGAGCCCUUUUCGGUUUUCGCUUCAACGAAGUCCGUCGCCGGAUCGCCGGAAACAGGAUUUGUUGUCGCCGGUGGUGUCUCCGAGUGAUCAACUUCGACAGGACAAAGAAAGUUAUGAAGUCGGGUGCUCUGAAGAAAUUAAUAGACAAAAUGAUGAUGAAAAAGAACAAUGUAGUCCGGUUUCGGUACUUGAUCCUUUGUUUGAUGAUGACGAGGAAGAACGUGACGGUGGGCCCACAGAAGAGGACGGUUAUGAUAUCGAGCGGAGUUACGCGAAUGUACAAAGAGCAAAACAUCAACUAUUACAAAAGCUUAAACGGUUCGAGAGGCUUGCGGAGUUAGAUCCAAUCCAACUUGAAAACUGCAUGUUAGAACAACGUUACGAUGAAGAUGAGGACGUUUUAGCAAACGAAGAAGAGGUGACUAACGAAGAGUAUUUUAUGGAGAUAGUGAACCAUCUAGGUAUUGGAAAAAUCCCAUGGUACAUGAGAAAACUCAUAUGUGACCUCAUCGAAGAAGAGAACAAGAAAGAAGAACAUGCGAUGGUCGUGCAAAGGGUAUGCAAGCGUUUGCGUUUGUGGAAAGUGGUCGAGUUGUAUACAAUUGAUAUGAUAGUUGAAACCGACUUCAGAAAUGAAGGGUGGAAGUGGUGCGAUGGAGAAACGAUUAGAGAUAUGGGGGUUGAUAUAGAGAGGGACAUUUUCGGGUUCUUGUUGGAGGAAUUAGCUCAAGAACUUGCUUUCUAAUAAAAACUUAUGGCUUUUAGAUGAAAGUAUUAGUACAAUUAUAAAUAACUUUAUAGUACUAAUAUUAUUAGUAGCAAUAGGGUUACUAUUUUUGGCAGUAGCAAUAGUGGGAUAUUAUUAUUAUUAUUAUUAUUAUUAUUAUUAUUA